UGUGGGAGUGGUGGAGUUGUGGGAGUGGUGGAGUUGUGGAAGUGGUGGAGUUGUGGGAGUGGUGGAGUUAUGGCAGCAGUAGCGUUGGCUGGAGUAACAUCAGUACUACCACCGAAUCACACUCUAUGCAUCUGAUCUUGGAAGCUAAGCAGCGUUGAGCCUGGGGGCCAUGUCCCGCGCGGAUCUGAGCGCGGUCCCCGCCUUCUUCUCCAUCUCCAUCCUGACGCUCGCCGUUCCGCUCAACCUCGCGUCGCUCGGGCUGCUGUGCGCACACGGCCGCCGGCGCCGCUCCCCCACGGCGCUCUUCAUGAUCAACCUCGCGACCUCUGACCUCCUCUUCCUGCUCAGCCUCGCCUUCCUCGUGCCCUACUACCUGAGCGGCCACACCUGGUGCCUCGGCCGCGUCAUGUGCCACGUGGUGACCACGGCGCUCUUCACCACCACCUACACGAGCACGCUGCUCCUCACGGCCAUCGCCGCCGACCGCUACGUGGCCAUCGUCCACCCGUUCCAGGCCAAGGCGUGGCGCAGGGAAGGCUACGCGGGCUUGGCCUGCGCGGCCAUCUGGGUGGCCACCUCCAGUCACCUGGGGGUCCUCAACGUCGUGGACUUCCUGGACGUCGGCGGCGGCGGCCGCAACGACACCAACGGCACGGCGGGGGCGACCUGCUACGAGUCGUUCAGCGACAGGGACUUGCGCUUCGUGUCCUCCUACCGCCUCUACGUGGCGAUCGUCUUCUUCUUCCUCCCGCUGCUCGUCACCGCGUUCUGCUACGCGAGUGUCAUCAGGAGCCUCUCGAAGCAGGCAGCCGAGCGACGCGGCUCCGCACAACGGUCGCGCUCCGUGCGGCUCGUUGCUGCCACCAUGGCGGUCUUCUUGCUCUGCUUCGCGCCCUUCAACGUGAGCCACGUCAUCGGCUUUGCCAGGACCGAGAACAUCUGGUGGCGCCACGUCUCCCUCAUCCUCAACUCCCUCAACUGCUGCCUCGACCCCCUCAUCUACUAUUUCGGCGCGUCCAGGGGAUCCGGAAGCUCGGGCGGUGGUACCAGGAAGGGGGCGAACAAGGGGGUGAACGGCCCCCCCAGGAUUCGUGAGGAGUCCCAGAGUGCCGUGUGAGGAGCAAGGACCCCCGUGGGGUAGGGUGGUGUGGGGACCUCAACGAUGAGGCCAUGCCAGGACCCAAUGGGGUCCGAGUCACUGCGACCUCCGCCCCCCCCCUCCCUCUGCGAGAAUGCAUCGGAGCCAUGGCUCCUCCGAUUAGCACGGUUGGCUACGUACGGUGUGAAAGAAGUCCAACAUACAUACAUGGCUGGGAGAUGUGAAAACCUCUGCACUGAUGAGUAGCGCUGCAGACAGGAGCCCCAAGCCUAAACCUCUAACCCGAACUACAAGCCCAACCUAAAACUUUUAGACCUAACUACAACAACGCUAACCAUAUUGCUCUGACAUUAACUAGAAUCUCAUUACUAUUAACCUCUAACCCUGAAUUAACCUUAUCUUUUAAUCCCAUAAUACUAACCCAAAACUAAUGCUGACUCGAAGCCACUAUCCCUAAUCUCAAUCUCAACUCUAACACUAAUCUUUUCUUAACUCGAACCCCCGAACCCCAACCCUCUCAUUAUCUCUAACUCUAUUACAAUUUAUUCAUGAAUUUAACCUAUAUUCUUGGCUAGCGCAUACACGCAGACUUUGAAUGAGUGUAAGGAGCCUCCUGCUGGUGCCAGGGACCUCGAGUGUAGUACUUGAAGUCCAGCUGAUCGUGCAAUGGGCCUAGUUGGCCAGAGGUCAUGGGAUUGGCUGAAAAGUUUGAAAAGGGGCACCCGUGAGGAGGGGGGAGGGGAAAUUAAUGGGUCAGAGAAGGUUCGAGGACACGGUGGGGAUGGAAGCGGGUAGAAGGGGCAGAGAGGGGGUCACCAGAGGGCCGUUGGUGUUCGCCCGAGAAGUCUCCGCAAAGCGCGUUGGACUCUUCUACAUCUGGUAGCAGCGGUGGGAUGUCGCCUUCACUCCGCCAAGCGUGAACAUUCCGUUGGGAGACUGGGAGGAGGACGGAGCCGCGGUUACGUCGGGCGGCUCGGGACGAGCCACGACAGGAGACGGGGAGCCAAUCUGUCCUCUGCGGACCAGUGCCGCCGUUGUCGGGAAGUUCGCCACCAGUCCGCCGAAGCAGCUGUGCCAAGCGCUACGCCCGCGAUGAACAGACCGAGGUGCGAGGCUCCGCCUCGAGUAGGAGAGGAACUUGACAGUUACGGAGCUGCUCGCUACGCUGCUGCAGUAGCAGCGGUCGGUAACAGAGCCCGCACCACCCGCAACACACUGAGUUACAGCAGCUGCCACUGGUAAAAAGUGCCAUCAAGGUGGGGCAAUCGACGUUGGCCACCCUGUCGCCUAGACGAGCCGACCCCGCCACUGCAGUUGUCUCACCGGCCGCCAA